GCCACGGUUGCACUCAGAUUCCCCUAAGAUUCUAUAUUGUAUCACACGUGGAAUUUUUGUCUUCUUAAUAUCCACCAUGGCAUUUCAUCAUCUUCUCAAAUUACAUUAUAUCUGUAAACGAAGAAACUAGGGUUCCUCCAUUGUUCCUCUCCUCGUAUCAUUCCUCCGUCGCUGCUUCACCGUUAAUCUCACAACAUGGGUAGCAAAUCUUCCUCCGUAGGAAACUCCGGUUGCAAAUCUCCUUCGCUGCUUCAUCGUUCCCAAGCUCCACCUCACUGUAGUUGUAACAUAACCAUGAAGAUGUUGGUAUCAAACACCAUUGAUAACCCUAAACGCAAAUUCUGGAAAUGCAGAAAUGUACUGAAUGGAUGCGGUAUGUUCAUAUGGGAUGAUGAGCUGGGUGAAUUCAAUAAUGUCGAGGUGAUUCAAUGUAAAUGCACUGAAAUGACAAAAGAUGCGUUGAAAGAGAUUUUGAAGGACAUUGCCACUGACAAUUUGGGAGCAGACACAAGUAAUGAGAAGAUUUUGAGGUUGAAGAAAAAAGUUGCAAUGGAGAAGAAGAAGAACCAUAACAUGAUGGUUGCACUUGUUAUGUCUUGGAUGUUUUUUGCAGCAUUUUAUAUGUUUCUGUAAUUUAGUUUAGGGAAGUGUAUGUUGUUUGUGAUUGUAUCACUUCUAUCACUUGUAUAACUUUUGUUGUAUCACUUUUGUGGUAUGUAACAAUUUGAGCUUGA